AUGCCUGUGCGAGUUCUACUUAUACAGGAACGAAUCACGUUCGAGGCUGCUGACAAGCAGAGAAAUGAUGUCAGUCAAAACUCCUCGCUUAACUGGAUCCUACUCUACAGGCCCUAUCCAAGCAUUUCGGGGACGGCAAUUCAUCGUCUCAAAGCCCCCAGAGCGCUGGUGUUAAAUGAUGCUGGCAUGAAAGUCAAAAUAUCACCCAUUGAUCAGGAUUUACACAAGAUCGGAGAGGAUAGGAAUUAUGCUUGUGGAUUUUCUGUCUGUAACUUUGUGUGGAUUUUUCUUGCCUGCCAGCGCCAGGGACAGAUGUGGCAGUUUAGUUUUCUCGCGCUACUGGCGGGAUCCAGCAGCCAACAGCCCGACUGGACGCAGUGGACGGAGGGAGAAAUCAAGCCGCCAGAAGACUCUCGUCAGAGUCGUCACCCGAUGGUCCUCCUCUGGGGCCAGCAUGUGAAAGCCUCUCAACCUCAACAAUCAAGCGCGUCAUAG